GUUUCAUUGUGUUCAUUGUGUUCAUUGUGUUCGUUGCCCUGCUUGUGUCUACGUCUACAUUUGAUCUAAAAUGGGUCGUAAAGCCAAAUCCAACAAGUGCAAACAGUGCCCGUGCGGGAUGACUGGUAGCGUAACGAUAAUUACGGAGAACGAAGUGCAACAUCAGCCAGCACGAGUAGUACCGCAAGGACCCCCAACCGGUGGGUGUAAAGUGUACCGAGGCCCACCACCAGGAUUUCCGGGACACUUGGAAGCAGAAAACCCUGCGAUUCGAGAGAGGCCCGCUGGCCAAAGUCGCUACCACUGCGGACACUGCAAUCAAAGCUCGAAAGGCAGUAGUUGUGUUGUUCAAUAAUGGAUGAUCGGCUUGAACAGGCGUAGCAGGCGCUACUUGCGAAGGCAAACACUCGGCCAAGGGCAAUGGAACACAUUUCUAAAUUCAUAGCUAUCCAAAUUUUCAGUUUUCUCUCAAUAUCCCACUCUCGGCCUUCUCAAACCUCUCAAUAUGCGCCAACAAUAAACCAAAUGUUAUAGCCAAUGGGGAACCACUCCAGCUACAGUUCGGAGCGAUCGGAUUGUGACCUGUCAUCCGAUAGUUGCUCCAAUGACAGUACCUGCAGCUGUUGCUCGGACCAGCCUCCGCCACCGCAAUGUCGCCCGCAGCAGCCACCGGCGGUUCGGCCACGGCCAAGUCCCCAGACUUUCAACGAUGAUACUAGCUUCUGUCCUCCGGCGCUCCUGCCUCCAGCAAGCGUUCAGUUUGGUGCCACAAAUUUUGACAAUGUCUGUCCUAUGGACUGGACGCCAGUUUAUGUGCUUCCACAGUGCUGCUGCAUGCCAACGAUGCCUCCAUCGAUGAGGUCAGCAGCUCAGCAAUUCUGUGCCCCCUCCGCACCAAGAUUUCAAGAGCGAUCCUUAGACCAGACGGAUGGGCAGAGGGCUAGUUUCGGCACUGAAAUGCUCUGCUACUGUAUACCAAAGAACCCGACACCGAUGAUGCCAGCAGCUCAGCAAGUAUGUUUUCCUCCCGAACCAAGAACUCAAGAGCGGUUCGUUGACCAUGGCCAGAGGGAUAGUUUCGGCAAGGACAUGCUCUGCUGCUGUAAGGCGACGAUGGCUCCACCGAUGAGGCCAGCAGCUCAGAAAGUCUCUUCCCCUCCCGAACCAAGAACUCAAGAGCGGUCCGUUGACCAUGGCCAGAGGGGUGGUUUCCGCAAUGAAAUGAUCUGCUGCUGUAAGGCGACGAUGGCCCCACCGAUGAGGCCAGCAGCUCAGCAGGUCUGUUCUCCCCCUGAACCAAGAACUCAAGAGCGGUCCGUUGACCAUGGCCAGAGGGGUGGUUUCGGCAAUGAAAUGCUCUGCUGCUGUAAGGCGACUAUGGCUCCACCGAUGAGGCCAGCUGCUCAGCAGGUCUGUUUCCCUCCCGAAGCAAGAACUCAAGACCGAUCCUUUGACCAUGAAAACUGUAAUUUGGACGAUGACAAUAUCUAUCUCGAGCAAUCGGCUCCGCCUGUUUCUAAGCGUACAAAGAGAUGCAGCAAGCAGCCGCCUCCAGAGAGCAGUCGACGGCAGACGGAUUCGGGGUGCCAGAGAUCAAAGCGGCCACCAGCUCAGGUGCGAUGCUUUAAGCAAGGGCAAUGCGGGCAAAGAGGACAAAGCGGACAUAGAAGUCACAGAGGUGGGGGAAAAUGUUACCCCAAUGCGUAUCCCGUGCCUGUGUUGGGCAGACAGAUGGCCAAUACGAUGGAUUCGCUGGAUCCGGUGGAUUCGGAUCAGAUGGAUCCGCUGGGUCCGAGGUGCGACUUUGGGGAAUCUUCGGAAGCAGCGUCAGCAGCUAUCGAUACCGAUGCUCGCGCACAACCAAACGAGUCGAUCAGACCGUUACAGCGUAUAGGACAAGCCCGUCAUGGGGCGGGUAUAAACGAACCUUUCGAUCAGUAUUACCAACACCCGUGCACAUCCCGAAGAGCCCCGGAGAUGAAUCCAAUGGCUAACUUUGAUCCAGAUCGAUUUGACAGUGAUCAGCGUGGUGGUAUCGGGCGUCUGCGAAAUGUUAAUAUACGCACUCACAUCGAUUAUGACUAUGCUCAGAUUCCGGGCAAUGAGAACCCGCCACGCCCGCUCCCGCGAAAUUAUCCGGAAAAUCCACCAUCGCCGCAAUCUCCAGGACAAAAUAUACCUUCCUUCCCUCACGGAGACGAAAAAUAAGUAUCGGGAUCAGGAUAUACAGGAAAUCAAUUAUAUGGACAGAUCUAAGGGUUUAUUCAGCAUUAUUCAACGGAAUAUCUAAAUUAAGCAGUAGGAACGAUUUUUCUCUUACGUUUUAUUUUGUUGACCUUUCC